AUGUCAGACAUGAGCAGUGUCUUGGAGAGGCAAGAACGAGAAUCUAUAGAAAGAAGGCGUAGACGAGCUGAAGGCAAAAGGGUGCAGAGAGAACUAGAUCAACAAGUUGUCAUAGCAGUGGCUUUGCUUGAUGAAGAAAACCAAGGCCGCCGCCGUGGUUCACAAGUCACCCGUGGCCCGAAUAUGGACAGACAUAGGCAUUCUCAUGAUAAGAAUCUUCUGGAAGAUUAUUUUAUCCCAACUUCUCUGUACUCUGAUAUUCAUUUUCGAUAUGAUGCUAUUGGGGUUUUAGGACUUCUUCCGGAGCAAAAGCUUACAGAAACUGUUAUACGAAUGCUGGCGUAUGGUUCAUUUGCUGAUCAGGUGGAUGAGAUUGUCCGGAUGGAGAAGUCCACUACUUUGGGGAGCUUGGAAAGAUUUUGUGAUGUAGUUGAAACUCUGUACAUUAUGGACUACCUGCACAGACCUACACACAGGGACCUCCAACGGCUUCUACAAAAAGCCGAAGCUCGAGGAUUCCCAGGAAUGAUUAGUAGCAUCGACUGCAUGCACUGGCAAUGGAAGAAUUGCUCAACUGCUUGGUAA